CCCCCAUUGAGGCAAUAGUUUCAUUCACUGUAUUUAACUGCUGGCGAUAUUGUCUUGUUGCAGAAGUUUCAAUUUUAUCAAAAUGUUUCGAGUUGUUUUGCUAACGCUAGCGUAUCUGUGCGUUUUUUGUGGCGCUACCACUGUCAAGGAAUGUAAAAAUAAACCGUUUCCACUAAGCGUUGCUGUCCAAGACUGCGAAGAGCCGCCGUGCGUGGUCUAUAAGGGACAAUUCGCUAUAAUGGAUGUUCAGUUUUUAGGCGAUAAGAACAAUAUUGCGCGUAUCACAACAAAAGUCACCGCGAAAGUUUUUGGCAUGAAUUUGCCUUAUGACCUGCCCGAGGAGGUAUCAAAUGUGUGCAUCAAUCUGUUGUAUGGCGCCAUCUGCCCCAUUGACAAGGACGAGGAUGUUACGUAUAGAUUUAAUUUUUACGUGGAGCCCGCGUUCCCCGAAAUUACCGCCGAUGUUACCGUCACACUGAACGAUGCCAAUGACAAUCCAAUCUCCUGCUUUGUGGUCACUUGUAAAAUCCGCAAAGGUCCCUCAUCGCGGCACGAGGAGCUGCUUUUGGAUUCGCCCGAGCCCAAUACCAUAUCGAAGGCAAACGUUUUAAAUGUAGCUGUACCCGACACGACACUUCUAGACUAACUGAUUUAGCAAUUGGUCGCCUGUCAUAUUUUUGACUAAUAAACUUCGAAUUCUCAACUGAUA